CCACCAUCAGCCAAAACCACACGGGGGACCAAAAUAAUAUCAAUAAUAAUAAAUGAUCAGACAAUAAAGAUAAAACUAGAAAGAACCAACCCCUUGAAAGCCAGGAAACAAAUCAACCAACCGACCAACCGACCGACCGACCGACCGACCGACCGAUCGAUCCACGCCGACCAACAACCAUGCCCACCCCGGAAUCCGCCGCCUUCCUCGCCAAAAAGCCCACCGUAGCCCCCAGCUACGACGGCGUCGACUUCGAAGACACCGCCGCGCUCCACAACGCGCGCGACGCCAUCAUCCGCGAGCAAUGGGUGCGCAGCAUGAUGGCGCGGCUGGUCGGGGAGGAGCUGGGCAAGUGCUACCGGCGCGAGGGCGUGAAUCAUCUGGAGAAGUGCGGGAUGUUGAGGGACCGAUAUUUCGAGCUUCUGAAGGAGGCGAAGAUUAAGGGGUAUAUGUUCCAGGAGAAGAAUUACGUCUCGAAAUCGGCGUCGUCGUGAGAGGGUGUGCGGAGUGGCGGGGGGCGGAGGUCCUUGCGGAUUAGCCCUAUCGAGGUGCGGGAGACAGCGAUACGUGUUCGAGGUGGACGCUACGAGAUUGUACUCGACCAUACAAUCGAAUUGGAUACCUGAGUUUGCAGGCCUUUGGGAUGAAGCGCGGUGAUGGAAUCGGACUACGUGCGCUACGGGGCGCUGUCCUAGUGUUGUGUUAGGUCGGAAGGGCAUCUUCUUGUUCGUGAUGACGGAGACGUCACUUCGUUUCCCGCCGGCAUUUCGAAAACCCAUCUCGACUGGUAUCGUCGUUCUCAAUUGCGGCUUCUUGUGUUUUUCUUCCAGUUCUGGCUGUGAUACAAAAGACACUAUUCACAGUCAGGUAGUUAACUACCUUCGUGGUCUUGCUUUUCCUCCCGCAGACCAGGAUUAUGUUUUCCGUGUCGAUGAUGCCAGUUACAGUGUGGGAAAAUGAAUAGACCGGCGGUGCACUUACUGUAUAUAAUGGAUAGAUUUAAGGGACAAUAAAAAAGGUUAAAAAUUUUUAGAAGCC